UUCGGAUUUUAACAAUAUAAAGUAUGCUAUCGAAUUUUGAACUGUGGUAUCACAAGAUAACGUCGCCCAUUACAUUUAAAAUCGUUAUUUCUGUUUAUAUAUUUUUUUCAUACAAGAAAUUUACACAGUUUUUAAACUAAAAAACUGAAAAAUUCAUAUAAAAAAAUAAUAAUAGGAGAUAAGUAUUUUCGUUCGAUAUUAACAAGGUUAUAUUCGAUCUGUAGAUCUGAAAACAUUAUACAGAAGGCUGUAGAAGCCUACAGUUGAUCUCUCAGGCUGAACCUUCUUCCAACGUUGUUAAGCACAGGCCAGCGAUGGUUAACGUUCCAAAACAGAGGCGUACUUUCUGCAAGAAGUGCAAAGUGCACAAGCUUCAUAAGGUGACCCAGUACAAGAAGUCGAAGGAAAGGCACGCCUCCCAGGGUAGGAGGAGAUACGACCGUAAACAACAGGGAUACGGUGGUCAGACAAAGCCGAUUUUCAGAAAAAAGGCUAAAACCACUAAGAAAAUUGUGCUGAGAAUGGAAUGCACAGAAUGCAAAUACCGCAAGCAAGUUCCGCUCAAGAGGUGUAAGCAUUUUGAAUUGGGUGGUGACAAAAAGAGGAAGGGCCAAAUGAUUCAGUUUUAGGAAAUUAUCUUUACAAUUUAUGUGUAUAUAAAUUUGGCUGAAUACAACUCUUUUAACAAUUUUUAAAA